AUGAAUAGAUCAGGUCGUCAAACAUUCAAUCAAAUAGCAGAAAUGCUUCGUUCUCGGGCUGGUAACAGUGGACAAGGAGCUGGGAGCGGUAAUCAUAGUGCACUUAUAGGAGUAGGACUGGUUAUUGGGCUUGCAGGUCUUGGUACAUUAGUGAAUUUGUCACUAUAUAAUGUGGAUGGUGGUCACCGUGCUAUUAAAUACAGUAGAAUUUCAGGAAUCAGUCCAAAGAUAUAUAGUGAAGGGACUCAUUUUUUUAUCCCUUGGCUUGAAACACCACAAAUUUAUGAUGUUCGUGCUAAACCAAGAAAUAUUGCAUCUCUUACAGGAACCAAAGAUUUACAAAUGGUUAAUAUAACAUGCCGUGUACUUUCUAGACCCAAUGUUACUGCUCUUCCAACAAUAUAUCGUACUCUUGGCACCGAUUAUGAUGAACGAGUUCUUCCUUCAAUUGUUAAUGAAGUUUUAAAAAGCGUUGUUGCACAGUUUAACGCGAGUCAACUUAUUACACAGAGAGAAAAGGUAUCAAGACUAGUUCGAGAAAAUCUUGUUCGGCGAGCUCGUAUAUUUAAUAUAGAACUUGACGAUGUUUCAUUGCAAUUUUCUCCAGAAUUUACUGCAGCGGUUGAGGCUAAACAGGUUGCACAGCAAGAAACACAAAGAGCCGCAUAUUUAGUAGACCGUGCUCGUCAAGAAAAGCAAGGUGCUAUUGUCAGGGCUCAAGGGGAAGCAAAAUCAGCAGAACUUAUUGGAGAGGCUAUUAAGAAAAGCAAAGGAUUUCUGGAACUUAGAAAAAUUGAAGCCGCUAGAGAUAUUUCACGCAUUCUUGCCGAGGGCAAUAAUAAAGUAUUUUUGAAUUCAGAAAACUUAAUGCUUAAUGUUACCGAACAAAAGUAUGAGGCCGAUGACCAAUACAAUGAUCUAAUAGGCAGCAGGGAUGAAGCAGUGAAAAAAUAA